AUGAGCGUUGCCGCUGGCAUGCGAAGAAACCUUUCGGAUAUCAACUUGUCAAUGCUGCCAUUGCAACAGGAAGUGGUCGCAACCAAGGUCCAACCAGAGAGGAAACUGUCUUGGGAGUAUCUCGAUCUCAAUGAAAUAGGGAAAAAGCCUCUCAUGCUCGGGAUAGAGGUUUUAUUUCAGGAUUCCACUUCAGAACACUGCGCAACAAUUGGACAAGCCCUGGACAAGGCUCAGGAAGGCAGUGUAAUCCGGUUAUUUCCAGGGAUCUAUAGGGAAGAGCAUACACUGAGGAUUGAGAAAAAUAACAUCACCAUCGUGUGCUCACAGAGCCUUGAAAUGUCUUGUGUUGUCCUUCUAGACUGCAGCGAUUCCAUGCCCCUGAUCGAGGUUUGUGCCGACAACUUCACCAUGAUUGGAGUACAACUUUCUUGCUGUGACAACUCUUUGGCGCCCUCGUCAAAGGAAGACUUUAGGAAUUGUAUCCGAAUUAUGCAUGGAAGCCCGGUCUUCGAAAGGUGCAAGGUUUUUGCGUUCAAGGGCAUCAGUGUGUUGGCCUCGGAGAGUUCGUCACCGAGGUUUGUUCAAUGUGAAUUCGAGAACUGUGUGGGAACUACCGUCAUGAUAGUGGAGAGCUCUCAACCGAUCUUCAUCGGAAACAAGUUCAAAAACAACUUCGGAUACGACGUGGUCCUUCGAGACUCUUGCAAAGGGAGAUUCGAGAGAAAUUUUUUCUACGGCACCAGAAAGGCAACGGUAGCAGCGAUGGACUCUUCGGAGACAACAUUCUAUAAGAACACUUUCGAAAGUAGCAACCAAGGAGCUCUUUGGCUGCAAGGAUCUUCAAGAUGUAAGGUUGUCGACAACAUGAUGAGAGGAAACGGCAAGACACACAUCCAAGUCAGCCAUCGAGCUGAACCCACUGUGACUGGGAACUCCAUGCUCAAUGGUCAGGGAGGUGGUAUUGUGGUGCAUGAUGAAGGGAAAGGUUUGUUUGAAAGGAACGUUAUCAAGGGAAAUGAACAAGCGGGGAUUGGAGUCAUAGAUCGUUCAAAAGCAGUCUUUAUUCAAAAUCAGAUUGAAGAAAAUGGAGGGGGAGGAGCGGCGAUCGAUGGUCAGAGUGCACCGAUCUUUGAGAGCAAUGUGUUUAAACAGAACCUUGCGCAUGGAAUCUGCAUCUCUGGUGUAUCUCAGCCUUUUAUGAUCUACAACAACAUUUCGAACCAUGAUGGAAGCGGGAUUCUUAUUCAAGAUGGAGCUCAUCCCUUUCUGCAGCAGAACAAGGUGGAGUCCAAUUCCCAAGGUGGGAUCAUAGCGACUGGUUCCUCCAGGCCAUCCGUUCACCAGUGCACGAUCUUUAGUGGUGAACAGAUGUCACAGCCUCUGGGGCUGCUCUGCCGUGACAAUGCUAGAGUUGAGCUGGAAGAGAACAACAUCUGGGGGCAUCCAUCGUGUAACGUGAUAUUUCGUGAUUCGUCCAUAGGAAAGAUGUCUGGCAACGAAAUCUCCAAUGGUCAGUGCGGUGGGGUCAUUGUACAAGGCGAAGCUUGCCUCAGCCUUGUCCACAACACGAUUAAAGCAAACGGGAUCUGUAACGUCGGCGUCUUGGAGAGCGGCUGCAUCAACUGUCAUCACAACUCGAUUCUUGAAUCCACAGGUUGUGGGAUCCUCUUGCUGGGGGAUGGGAGUUGCGAGUGCAAGUUCAACACCGUCACGGGUAACAAGAGCAUUGGGAUCAGAUGCUCUGGAACAAGUCAUCCAGUCCUCACUCACAACCGAAUCUCGAACACGAGCAACGGAUGCGGGGUUCUUAUCGGGGGGCGCUCCAAGGCUGCGCUUCGAUACAACCUCAUCUUCGACAACGGGGAGUCUGGUCUUGCGGUGAGAGACAAGUCGAAGCCUGAGAUCUACAUGAACAUCAUAGUGCCCAAGUCAAACUCGCAUCCUGGCACCCUGUACAUCUCUGGCUCUUCGAAUGCAAAGAUCAAUGGGAAUACUUUUGUGAUCACAUGUCCUGCCGACCUGCGAAUCACCCAGAAGAACAAGGGUUUGUUGAUGUCCAACUCAAUUCUCGAACUCCAGGAGUUUCCAGACAUUGUUGACGAAGCCAGGAAGAUUCUCGAGGUGAUCCAUAUCAAGCAUGUGGUGGUCCAAGGGCCGGAUCCAGACGAGCCGAUUGUGCUGGGAAGAACGAAUCCUCAGAAUCUUAUCGUGGAAGAAAGCGAUGUGUCAGCGAGGCCGAAGUGUUCACAUCGGAAGCUCCUCAGUCGCACUGAAGACGACGUUCCAUCUCGAAGAGAGGUUGAAAGCCAUGGCUGUCUGGCCAGAACGGGCGAGUCAAGCAAUGUCUCUGCAGAUAUUGCGAGCGGUCUGUUUGUCGUAAGGAACUCUAGUCUCCACUCAAUGUCGUCUCGUCACGAGGAAGCUGGCGAGUGCGAAGGACACCAUAAUUUCCUUGAAAGAACCGGAGGCUCCAACGGGCGACCCACCCGAAGUGCCUCGUGCCCGCCGUCGCCCUACCGCAACGACGUGUGA